AGAGAAGGCAGGCCUGAAAGCCGAUCUCCAAGAAGGCGUGGCUCCAGAAUGAUGGCAAAUAAAAACCCGGAGAGCCAGCACCGCCUGGAGACCAGCAGGAGGCCAGAGGAGCCACUCAACAAGCCACUCAGCUCCUGGGCCUUGGAAGUGGUGAGCUCACUGAGGCAGGAAGAGCCCUGGGAGGGCCUGGGGACUGCAGAUAAGGGUCCUGCGGGCAGAUAGAUGGGGCAGAUGGAGGGAGGCAGAGGUUUGUGGUCCAGAUGGUGGAGGAAAUUCUGGGGGAGAAUCAUGGCAGUGGGCUGACACAUAAGUCACACUGGGACAGCUGUGCACACGCAUCCAGAGAGACACAGGCAGACACGCACAUCCACAUGCACACGCACCCAAAGGCAGGUACAAGGAAAAGACAGCCCCUCACAGGCAGGCCUCACCCCAGUCAGACAGACCAACCUAGCCCUGCCUCAUUCACCUGGAGGCAUGCAGUAUUGAAAGAACUCCCCCUCCCACCUGCACACCCAUCUAGAGACAUCUACCUACUGUGUUUCAGAUGCCCAUGGCGUCCCCCCAAACCCUGCUCCUCUGCCUGCUGGUCCUGGCGGUCACUGAAGGCCAGGGUCAACAGGCAGCCAUCCCAGGCUGCUACUUGCACUGUAAGUAACCCUGGGAGCAGAGAGCUGGGUGGGAGCAAAGAGCUGAUGGACUGGACAGAGGGGCAGGCAGCACCCUCGAGGGACCCAAUGAGGCUCAGGCAACAGGAGCUGGGCGAGCCUUCGCCAAGGCACCAUCUACCGCUCGCCUGUCUUCUUCUAGCCUUCAAUGUGACGGUGCGAAGUGACCUCCAAGGCACCUGCCAGGGCUCCCAUGUGGCACAGGCCUGUGUGGGCCACUGCGAGUCCAGUGCCUUCCCUUCCCGUUACUCGGUGCUGGUGGCCAGUGGCUAUCGACAUAACAUCACCUCCGUCUCUCAGUGCUGCACCAUCAGCAGCCUGAGGAAGGUGAAGGUGCAGCUGCAUUGUGGGGGGGACCGGAGGGAGGAGCUGGAGAUCUUCACGGCCAGGGCCUGCCAGUGUGACAUGUGUCGCCUCUCACGCUACUAGCCCAUCCUUCUCCCGCCACCGUCCCCUUGGUCAGAGAGUUUAAUGUUGGAGUAUAUCCUACAUGUCCUGAACCUCAGCAAGGACAACAGCUCCAACCCCGUGAGAAGAGGGGCAUUUCUGCCUCUUCCCCACCU